AAUCAUGGUAGGAGUGGUGAUCCUUGAGUUGAUUUUCCCCUUUCGCUUUGAACCCACUGUCCGCAAAGACCGCUAUUAAUUUCGCUGUUUAAACGUGGCUGAUAUUUUAUAAAAGGAAAAAAGCUUAUUUUGAUAAUCUGACACUUAUUAUGAAUGACAAGAUUUGCUGUAAAAGAUGACCUGGAGACGCAGCUAGCCAGGUGUGUGUCGUGAGUCAUGGAUCAUCACAACCAUUCUUUCGAUUCUGACAUUCCCAUCUUGAGGGUCCACCCUAUAGAGAAUGAUUUUAUUAUUCACUGGGAUAAGAAGCUUGGCACUGGAGUCAAUGGCCCAGUCAGGCCCUGUGAGGAACGAGAAACUGGACAGAAAUUUGCAUUGAAAUGUGUACUUGACAGCCCUCGUUCACGCCAGGAAGUUGAGAUUCAUUGUAAAGUGAACGGUCAUCCAAACAUUGUAUCACUGCAUUGUGUUUAUCACAACACCUUCCGUCUAAAUGGUGAUGCAACACCAAGGUCGCGUCUGCUGCUUGUUUUGGAACUCAUGGAAGGUGGUGAAUUGUUUGACUGCAUCAGUCGUGCAGAAUGUUUUACUGAGGAGACUGCAGCACAAUAUAUGAAGCAGGCUGUGAAAGCAGUUCAUUGUCUACAUGAGAGAAACAUAGCCCAUCGAGAUCUUAAGCCAGAAAAUUUUUUGUUGACUGAUGACUCAGAGGCAGCAGUUUUGAAACUCUCAGAUUUUGGUUUUGCAAAAGUUGAUGAUGGAAGUUUGAUGACACCUCAUUUCACACCAUAUUAUGUUGCUCCACAGGUCUUAGAGGCCCAGAUGCACAUGCGAGCAGUAAAAGAUGGGCUGGCUGAAUCACCAUACACAUAUGAUAAGAGCUGUGACAUGUGGAGUCUGGGUGUGGUUUUGUACAUCAUGUUGUGUGGCUACCCUCCAUUUUACUCGGAGAAUCCUAACGUGGCCUUCACUAAACACAUGCGACACAAAAUCUUGUCUGGGGAGUUUGAGUUCCCAGAAGAUGACUGGGACAGCAUUUCCAAUGAAGCUAAGGACAUCAUUCGCAGGCUGCUGUAUGUAGACCCUAUGGAGAGAAUGACUAUUCAGGAACUGGCUGCUCAUCCGUGGCUGAACAGGACCACUUCUGAACACAGUCACACACCCCUCCACUCUCCACUAGUGCUUGCUGAUAAGUCCAAGUGGGCCGACAUUAAGCAUGCCCAUGCAGUAGAAAACACGCAGCUACGACUGCCAGACACUCCUGUCAUGCUGCAGCCAGUAGCCAUUGCCGACAACCCCAUCAUCCGCAAACGGAGACACAGGCAGAAAACUCAAGGUGAAUCUUCACAGCAAGCGCCGACCAAAAAAGCAGCCCAAGUUGAGGUGCACUCUAAAAGAUUUAGAGGCAGAGAAAGAGCAUGUUAUCAAACCAUGGAUGUGUAGAGGUGGAUUCCUGUCUGUCUGCCAAGACCAACGCUUGGCCUCUUGCGAAGUGAUCCGCUGAUAGUCUCGGCGAGCCGUAACAAAGAAU